AAAAGAGAAAGCUGGAUAAGAAAUUCCAAGAAAGAAGCAAAGAGUUGAUGGUGAUGGUGAGAAGCAAAAAGAUGAUGGUGAAGGUGAGAAGCAUGUUCCAAGGCGAAGCAAUCGGCUCACAACUCCAUCAUUUUCAACCAUUACUCCAUAUAAAGCACCAAGAAACCCUGCCACAUCUGCUAUUCCUCCAAUGUUCAACCCUUUCCUGUCUCCAUCUUUCAAUGACAUUGAAGAAUUGAAUUCUUGGAAGAGCUCAAAUAUCAUAACAGGGGUAAUAACGGAUACAGAACCAUUAACCUCACAUUGGAUACAUUUGCUGGGAAGACCAGAGAAGAAAUUGCAAGAAACGCAUAUUGAUGCAGCUUUGGGAUUACUUUGGUUGAGAAGAAACAAGGAUCCCAUUUAUUUUCACAACAAGAGACUUGCAAAAUCAACCUUUGUGAGGCCAGACUUCUUUUUAAAAUUGAAAGCUGGAUACUUCAGUUUCAAGAAGGAUAACUUUAAAUCACAACAUGUGUUUCCAAAAGAAGUCACUGAUAUUGUGAGUGGGAAGUUGCCUUCGGUUUGUCUUCCUACUGAGAAGUGGCAGGAUCUCGAGGGAGUUUAUGGUAUUGCCUAUAACUCUAAAUACAAACAGUUCAUUGGUAUGGAAAUAAGCUUCAAGUCCAGGAAGAUUACUGUUUUUGAUUGUCGAACUCAUGAGAGUAAAGGUGACUUGGUGGAAACUCAUGUUAAGCCAAUUGCAGAUUAG